AAGCCAAACCUGAAGAACGUUGUAAAAACUUAACACGAUUCUCACACUUUUUCUGAUCUCAUGAGAUUGCUGCGUUAGUCGAUAUUUAUAUAACCACUAGCAGAUCCGCUACAUAAUCGUCUAUUCUGGAUGUAUAUUGCUAGCGAAAGUGGACCGGGACGCCAAUGACUCACUCACCGUUCAAUACCUCCUCGAAUUUCCGAAACCGGUUUUUAUUUUCUGAGCUCAUAGGAUCUUAUCUCUUAACAGUAAAAUUCGAGGCCCUACUAACCUCAAAAAUUGUGGUUCCGACUGGGGCAGUGGUGUUUGUGAUGACAUAAAUGCUUCCCAAAUCAAAACCCGAACAAACUGCUUCGCAUUCACCCUUCACAUCAAUUGAUUUAAUUCCAAUAUCCUUGCCAAUCCCGUAUCAACAAACCCAUGGCUUCAUUCACCCUCCAAAUGCGGGCCCUCCCUGAAGGCCAAACCCCCAGCCGCCUCGAACAGCAAUGCUUCUCCAUCCUCCAUACGACCGUUAAUCCCAAAUCAACCCACAGACUGCCCCCAGCGGAAGCCGCCACCAUGAUCCACAAGCUCUACCUUUUGCACCUCUCGAUCAACAAUGUCAAGACCUUCCUCUGGACCCUCUGGUCGGUUGGGUUAGAUGUGGAGAAGCAGGUUGAGAAAGGAGGAGAAGAGUGGAAGAUGCUAGAGGAGAUUGUGGAGAGGUUGAAAGAGAUCGAGGAGAAGAUUAAUUGGGAGGGAAACGAGAUGGAGUGGAAGAGGUUGCCUGGGUUGAAUUGGGUGAGGCAUUGUCCUUAGGAUCCGCGGAAGUAAGAACCUUUCACGAAGGUCUGCGUUUCAGUAGCAGGCAGUGAGGAA